AUGGCAGUAUUUGGAGAUGAGUGUGUAGUAGCUGACGAGGAUGAAGGCACUAGCGAGGAUUCCGAUGAGAGCGAUGAGGAGAGGAGAGAAAUCAGAGGAGGAAGAGUCGUCUUCUUCGUCGAGGAAGAAAGAAGGAGGAGGUGGGAAGAUUAUGUAACACCAUUGAGGACAGUAGACACUGCAUACUCCUUGUGA